UAACAUCAGUACUCUUGUAAAAAUGGGGGUGUACAUGCAUGCAUCUGUCCAUGCAAUUAAUGAACCUGCUGAAUGCAGUUUUACAAUUAUGAACAAACGAAGCCUGUUCCAAUAUCACUGGGCACAAAGAAGGAAUCAAUACAUAUAGUGUAUACACAUUGCACUAUUUACAUGCCAUUACAUUUGUUUGUUAACUUAAUUUGAUUGUUCAUAUAUUAGUUAUAUUUUGAGUUAUGUAUUUUAAUGGAGAGAUGCUUAUGAAAGAGUAAGCAAAACUGUAAACACAAUCUAAAUGUCAAGUCUAGUGCCCAUUUAAAACGUCAUAUCUGUAGAUUUUCUAUGUUUACUCCAUGGUCAUUCUGAUUUCCACCUGGGACUUCAGUUUCUACUGAUAGUUUAAGCACACGCUGUUACAUUGAUUGGAUGACCAGUGUGUGACAGACUGGCAUCCCAUCGAAGGCUGCCAUCAGCCCGUUGUUUCCGUGAUAUUCUCCAGCAAAAUAAUAAGAAAUAUGGAGGGAUACACAAUGGUUGGAGACUGAUCAGCUCAUUUUGCGAUAAUAUUUGGUCCCACAAACUCCUGGUCGUUCAUUCAUUCUAAACAGUAAUCAUCUCAGUUCCUUGCCUCCUUGCCAUCUCAUGGUGUGUUCUCAGCUUGUGAUUUAUCACGUUAUAAUAUUUGCAGCAAGCAUCAUAUUAGAGCGCACUUCAUACGCUCGCACCACCGUCCUAAUCAAGUGCGGUUCCCAGCUGCACGCAUUCGUAAACUUAAUUUUAGAAGUUUGUUGUUUCAUUUCACUACCGCUUCUGCGACUAUAUUUCAAAAUGCCAGUCCCGAUGAGAUUUUAUUUCUUCUAAACUGAAUUUAACAGCUAAAAAUACUGCACAGUAUAUUUCUCCGUUUUAUUACCAAUUUGUAAUCCGUAUAUUUCCCCCAACAUCCUUUAGGUUUGCCUGAAUUUUUAUACCCUGUCUGUUCCACGUGCGGCUCCUGUUCUUUUUGCUUUCCAUCUCUCUUUUCAUAUGUCAGGAUAACACAGUGCUAUUGAAAGUCUCUGCAGUCACGUGACGAGAGUGAGUGUGUGUGUGUGUGAGAGAGAGAGAGAGAGAGAGAGAGAGAGAGGGAGAGAGAGAGAGAUGGAGGGAGGAGGGGUGGUCCUCCUCCGCAGUUUGCUGUUUGUUAUGUCUCAGACACCGUGAGUGCUGGAUAGAUAUACAGAGAGAGAGAGAGAGAGCGAGAGAGAGAGUGAGAGAGAGCGUGAGAGAGAGAGAGAGAGAGAGAGAGAGAGAGAGAGAGAGAGGGAACCAGUGCUGAAUUCAGUACCUGUCUCCUCUGUGAAGAUCCUGGGAUUUCCCUGCCUUUUCCCCCGACUGUUUUCCCUAUUGCAUUUUAUUAGAGGGUGUAUUCUUUUGCCUUGGGAUUUUAUUUUCAUCGUUUUGCAUUUACCUUGCCAUUAUUAUUCAUUACCCUUUCAUUGGAUUGGUUUGACCACUGAAGGAGCUUGGAUGAACUGCUUUGGCAAAAACUGGACAUGGAAUUGCUGAUAAUUUGCCUUUCGACUUGGAUUUUGCAAUGCAAUUCAGUGCAAGCGGACUCCAUCAUUCAUAUCGGUGCCAUAUUUGAAGAAAACGCAGCGAGGGACGACGAGGUCUUCCAGUUGGCAAUUUCAGACCUAAGUCUCAACGAUGACAUAUUACAGAGUGAAAAAAUCACAUUCUCCAUAAAGUUUAUCGAGACAAAUAACCCCUUCCAGGCAGUCCAAGAAGCUUGUGAUCUGAUGACCCAAGGCAUCCUGGCACUAGUGACCUCCACAGGCUGUGCAUCAGCUAAUGCCCUGCAAUCACUGACUGAUGCCAUGCAUAUUCCCCAUCUCUUUGUCCAGAGGAACAAUGGAGGAUCUCCUCGGACAGCCUGUCAGCUCAACCCAAGUCCUGAUGGAGAGAAGUACACACUGGCAGCCCGGCCACCAGUGCGACUCAAUGAUGUUAUGUUAAAAUUGGUCACUGAGCUCCGCUGGCAAAAAUUUAUCGUUUUUUAUGACAGUGAAUAUGAUAUCCGAGGGCUGCAGAGCUUUUUAGAUCAGGCUUCUCGUCUUGGUCUUGAUGUGUCAUUGCAGCGUGUGGAUAGGAAUAUUAGUCGUGUCUUCACCAACCUUUUCAGCACAAUGAGAACAGAAGAGUUAAAUAGAUACAGAGACACACUGCGGCGUGCUAUACUUUUGCUGAGCCCCAAGGGGGCGCAAGCAUUCAUCCAUGAGGCCGUCGAAACGAAUCUAGCUUCUAAAGACAGCCACUGGGUUUUCGUAAAUGAGGAGAUCAGCGAUGCAGAGAUUCUUGAGCUGGUGCACAGUGCCUUGGGUCGAAUGACGGUCAUUCGGCAGAUUUUUCCUAUGUGGAAGGACAGUAAUAUUCGCUGCAUGAGGAACAAUCACCGAAUCUCUUCCUUGCUCUGUGAUCCACAGGAGGGAUACCUUCAAUCACUGCAGGUCUCCAAUUUGUACCUUUAUGACAGCGUCCUCAUGCUUGCUAACGCUUUUCAUAGAAAACUUGAGGAUAGAAAGUGGCAUAGCAUGGCCAGCCUGAACUGCAUGAGGAAGUCAACGAAACCAUGGAAUGGAGGGUGGUCCAUGUUAGAGACUAUCCAGAAGGGACGAAUUAAUGGAUUAACCGGAAUGAUGGAUUUUCGUGAUGAUGGAUCUAAUCCACAUGUCCAAUUUGAGAUCCUUGGCACCAGCUACAGUGAGACGUUUGGCAAGGAUGUGCGUAGGUUGGCAACUUGGGACUCUCUGCGGGGGCUGAAUGGUAGUCUACAGGAGAGACGUCUGGAAAGUGACAUGCAAGGAGUGACUCUGAAAAUUGUGACUGUUUUGGAAGAGCCAUUUGUCAUGGUAGCUGAGAAUAUUCUGGGUCAGCCGAAGCGUUACAAGGGGUUUUCAAUUGACGUUCUUGAUGCACUGGCCAAGAACUUAGGAUUCAAGUAUGACAUCUAUCAAGUUUCAGACAGCAAGUAUGGGAUACAACUACAGAAUGGCUCCUGGAAUGGAAUGAUAGGGGAACUUAUCAACAAGAGGGCUGACUUGGCCAUCUCUGCGAUUACGAUUACACCAGAGCGAGAAAGUGUUGUUGACUUUAGCAAGCGCUACAUGGAUUAUUCAGUUGGAAUUCUUAUUCGGAAGCCUGAAGAAAAGAUCAACAUUUUCUCUCUGUUUGCACCCUUUGACCUGGCAGUAUGGGCAUGCAUUGCAGCAGCAAUCCCAGUUGUGGGAGUUCUCAUAUUUGUGCUGAACCGCAUCCAAGCUGUACGUGGGCAAACUCCACCAGCUCAUCAACAGCAGCCAUCAGGCAGCUCCCCCUCUACAUCCCUUCACAGUGCUAUUUGGAUUGUCUAUGGGGCUUUUGUUCAGCAAGGUGGGGAGUCCAUUGUAAGCUCUGUUGCCUUGCGGAUUGUCAUGGGCAGCUGGUGGCUUUUUACUUUGAUUGUCUGCUCUUCUUACACUGCAAACCUGGCGGCUUACCUAACUGUUUCACGGAUGGACAGUACUGUCCGAACAUUUCAGGAUUUGGCCAAACAAAUGGAUUUGUCUUAUGGCACCGUGAGGGACUCUGCUGUCUAUGACUACUUCAGAGCAAAGGGUACUAACCCACUGGAACAGGACAGCACCUUCUCAGAACUCUGGAGGACAGUAAGCAAGAACAAUGGAGCAGACAACUCAGUGGCCAACCCUUCAGAGGGAGUCAGAAAGGUUAAAAAUGGGAAUUAUGCAUUUUUGUGGGAUCUGGCUGUAGUGGAAUAUACUGCCCUGACAGAUGAUGACUGCUCCUUGACAGUGAUUGGAAACAGCAUAAGCAGCAAAGGUUAUGGCAUCGCUCUGCAACAUGGAAGUCCCUAUAGAGAUUUAUUCUCCCAGAGGAUCCUGGAGCUACAAGAAAAUGGAGAUUUAGACAUUCUCAAACAGAAAUGGUGGCCUCGAAUGGGACGAUGUGAUCUGGACAGUCAUACAAAUAUACAACCUGAUGGCCGCGCCCUCAAGCUGCACAGUUUUGCUGGGGUUUUUUGUGUCUUAGCUGCAGGUCUACUGCUAGCUUGCCUAGUUGCUGGCCUUGAGAUGUGGUGGAACAGCAAUCGUUGUCGGCAAGAACAACCUAAAGAGGUUACUAAGGAUUACGGACUGGCCAGAAUUUCUGGUCCAUUGACAUAUAAUGAUUUUACAUCUGCUUCAUCGGGAGGGAGGAAGGACAUAUGGACAGAAAGAGAGAGAGACUGGGAUGAAGCAGAAGAUAUUUAUACAGGACAAAGAGGUGAACUUGGAGCAGGUGCAUCGUCGUAUGAACAGCCUUAUGGACGAGGACAUGGCCCACAAGCAGAUCCCCGCUCCAUCUAUCGAGAUCUCUGCCCUGGACAUCGGCAGCAUUCAGCCCAGCCAGACCCUGGAGCCAGUGCGGGAGUAUCAGAGCACGGGUCUGUCUGUGAGCACCUUCCUGCCAGAGCAGGGCCACGGGGCAGGCAGGACGCUAACACAGGGCCCCAGCAGCAGUCUGCCUCUACCGCUCAGCAGUUCCUCCAGCAUUCCAUCCAUACAGUGCAAACACAGAGCCCCCAACGGGGGAUUGUUCCGCCAGAGCCCCGUCAAGACUCCAAUGCCCAUGUCAUACCAAUCAGUGCCCGGAGGACCUAUCCCAGAAGCCAUUGAGCCCACUCAUGGGACAUCUAUCUGACAUGAUCUCAUCUGAGGAAAAAACAAACAAACAAACAAGUGCAGAAGUUUUUUUUUUGUUUUGCUUUGUUUCUUUUUUUUUUAACAAACAAAAAACUCUAGAAAUUUUCUUGUACAUAUUUGUAAAUAAUGACAGAAUGAAGUGAGGUAAAAUGUAUUUUGAAUAUUCUCAAUUUUUGAAGUUGAGCUAAAAAAAACUAUAAAAACUACUGUAUGACUGGCUUUGUAAAUUUUGAUCUAUAUGAAUAAAGAAGCAGAUUCCUUGUGA